AUGCCCGCUGCCCAACCUCAGGAUGAAAAUCUCGGUUUAGACCAAGUCUGUCUCUUGGCAGCCUUCAUCAUUGUGCUGCUCCUGAACAUGAGCGGAGUUCUCUUUGCUUACCCAUGUAGAUGGAUGGUGGGCAAUGGGGAGUGUGCCUUUGCCCUGGUCACCAGCCCUCUCUUCCUCAUGACCCACUGGAGCUUGGUAUCCCUGAAUGUGUCAGAACUUGAAAUCUUACAUCAAGGCUCCUUUGAGGAGAACCCCAGGACAGCAUACACAGCAUGGAUGAAUCAGAGUGCAUUUCCCAUGCCCUGGUGCCCCAUGUGUAGUUUCCACCAGCCACCUGAGACCUUCCACUGUCCCUCUUGUAACAUCUGUGUGGAGGAGUUUGACCAUCACUGCAAGUGGGCCAACAACUGCGUGGGUCACCAUAACAUCAGGAUCUUCAUGCUGCUGCUGGGGUCCCUUUGUUUGUACCUUGCUGUCCUGCUGGUGACCUGUGUGAUCUUCCUUGUGCGUACCAGAGAUCUGCCAUUCUCCUUGGACAAAGCCAUGGCGUAUCCACACAGUUCCAAGGGCCCCCACUGGGAACAGCAGGACAGCCAAGGGGCGAGUCAAUGA